GUAGGUGGCAGUGUCUCUUUAAACUAAAAUAGUUUCACUGAAGAAGAAAGACGGGGACGAUAUGGGAGUGUGUAGUCUGUGCACAUAGGAAGAUUAAACACAAGAUAUCGUUUACCAGCAAUAUUUUUAAAAUGUACAACGUACGUUUGGUGUGUGGGCUACGUAGUAUUACACAGUGUAAAUCAAAGUUGCUCUCCGUUUAUUUCUGUGCAAGGGUUAAUCAGAAUGCAUGGAAUCGUCCUUCCAGUGCAGCGUUUAAGAGCAUGUUCGUAGCUGUUUCAAGAAAUGGCCAUCAACGUCUGCCUCAGGCUGAAGGCCUACGAAGGUCGUUUACAAGUACAGAAACUAAUAAGGUAUCACAACAAAACACAGUGCUGUAUGCGCAGGCCUCAGAUGCAAGACCUUCUGAAGAUGGAAGACUUAUCUACUCGGGGAAUCUCGGCAAAUCUGUUUUAGGUGUGAAGUUUUUCUCCUACUCCUGCAGCAUGUUCAGUGCCUCUGUCAUGCCAUACGUCAUGAUGAAGACUGGCCUCGGUGUUUCAAAUUUGGCCUUACAGGUGGCAUUUUGUGGAUUCGUCGGCUUUUUCACCUUCAUCACCCCUGUGCUCCUGCACUUCAUCACAAAAGGGUACGUGGUGCGCCUGUACCACAAGGAGGGAACAGACUCAUACACAGCCAUCACGUACAAUGUUCUACUAGUAGAGAAAAAGACUGUGUUUCAUCAGAGUGAUGUUAAGAUACCGGAUAUCAGCAAGAUGUUCACCACUUUUUAUGCAAAGAAGCAUUCCAUGAUGGUGAACCCUGAUUCCUUUCUACUGCCUCACGAUUACAACCACCUGAUGGGCUAUGACAAGCCCUUCACAUUCGAUGAGGAUGACCUAGACAAGCCAGAUAGAAAAUAGGCCAUGCGAUCAAAACUACAACAUGUGAACCUGAUCAGGAAGAUGCAGUAAGUUAAGAUUAAUGUGAAGACAUCAUUUUAAUAUGGGUUAUUCAUUACUAAAGGAGGGCCUGUAUAGUUGAGACUGAAGAACUGUACAUUCCUGCAAGUGAAACACUGGCUAACACAGUUUACCUCCUCAUUUGUCACAACUCUCAUUAAAAGAAUGUAUGGCUUCAUUUUCUCCAACAA